AUGGCGGCCGUGGGGAAGGGGGACGUGGAGGCGCCCCCUCCCGCACAGUUUCCGUAUGAUGUCACCCAGGGGGAGCUGCUGGCCAUGAACGAGGCCAAAGACACGACAGCGCUUAAAAGUAUAGGCGGAGCUAAUGGCCUCGCAAAGAAGCUGCUUUCAGACCUUCACAAGGGCCUCGACCCACAAGGGCAAGGUCUGGCCUCCAUUGAAGCCCAUGUCGAUGCUUACGGUGAAAACAAGUUUCCGGAGGUGCCUCCAAAGUCGUUUCUGGCCCUGGUGUGGGGUAACCUUCAAGACCCAGUCAUUAUCAUCCUUAUCAUAGCUGCCUUGGUUUCAACAAUCCUUGGAGCUGCAAUAGCUGAGCAGCGGAAGCAUGGCGAAUGGAUUGAGGGCGUGGCUAUUUGGGUGGCCAUCAUCAUCGUUGUAUCCGUCAGUGCUGGGAACGAUUACCAAAAAGACCGGCAGUUCCGAAAGCUUAAUGCUCAGAAGGACAAGAUAAUGGUAAAGGUGGUCCGUGGAGGCCACACAGAACUGAUUGAAAACACGCAGCUCGUCGUUGGCGACGUCUACCUUUUGGACACGGGAGAUAAAGUUGUUGCGGAUGGCAUUUGCUUUGAUAGCCAGGGUCUGGUCGUGGAUGAGGCCUCCCUCACCGGCGAGUCGGACCCCAUCAAAAAGAACCCCGAGGACGACUGCUGGGUGCGGUCCGGGACACAGGUCACGGAGGGCAGCGGCAAGCUACUGAUCGUCGCCGUGGGUGAGAACUCGGAGUGGGGCAAAACAAUGGCGCUAGUGGGCGAGGCGGGUGACGACGAGACACCGUUGCAAGUGAAGCUUACCUGGGUGGCCAGCACGGUCGGCAAGGUCGGCUUUGCAGUGGCCAUAUGCUGCUUUGCCGCGCUGUUGAUCAAAUGGUGUGUUGUGAACAAGGGGUUCCCCGUCAAGAAGAUCAACCAGAACGGACCCAUCCAGUUCUUCCUGUACUCGGUGACCAUCAUCGUGGUGGCGGUGCCCGAGGGGCUGCCGCUGGCCGUGACCAUUUCGUUGGCGUACUCGAUGAAGAAGAUGAUGAAGGAUAACAACUUUGUUCGCGUCUUGGCGGCCUGCGAGACUAUGGGCGGCGCCACGGCCAUUUGCUCGGACAAGACCGGAACGCUUACAGAGAACCGCAUGACAGUGGUGGAGGGCUGGUUUGCGGGCAAGUCGUACGACCACUGCCCUCAGCCCGAGGAGCUCCCGCAGGACGUGUGCGACGAGCUGAAGCUGAACUGCGCUCUGAACUCGAAGGCGUUUGUGCUAGACAACGGACCCAAAAUUGACUUUGUAGGCAACCGUACGGAGUGUGCGCUGCUUAUGAUGCUCAGAAAUUGGGGCUGCGAUUAUGCAAGCGUGCGCGACGAGUACGAUGCCAGCGUGUUCAAGGUCUUUGGAUUCUCCUCCACGAAGAAGAUGGCCUCCGCCACCAUUAAGUUUGCCGACAAGUUCCGCCACUACAACAAGGGCGCGGCGGAAUGGGUGCUCAAGCGCUGCACAUCCAUGUACGAUGGCGCUCGCGUCAUAGAGAUGACGGAGGUGGAGCGCGCGCGGCUCAUGGAGGUGGUCACCGGCAUGGCCAAGCGCGGCCUGCGCUGCAUCUGCCUCACCUACACCGACUACCCUCUGGUGGACGACAGCCGCCCGCUGGACUUCUUUGAGGAUUCGGACUACCUGGACCGCAACCUCGUGGCCAUGGCUAUUGUGGGAAUUAAGGACCCCGUGCGCAAGGAGGUGCCCGAGGCGGUGCGGGUGUGUCAGCGGGCGGGCAUCACGGUGCGCAUGGUGACGGGCGACAACAUCCACACCGCGCAGCACAUUGCCAGGGAGUGCGGCAUCCUCACGGAUGAUUGCAUUGCGCUGGAAGGCCCGGAUUUCAGGAAGAUGGCGGCGCAGGAGCUGCUGCCGCUGCUGCCCAAGCUGCGCGUGCUGGCCAGGUCGUCUCCGGAGGACAAGUUGACGUUGGUGUCGAUGUUGAAGCAGCAGGGCGAGGUGGUGGCGGUGACGGGCGACGGCACCAAUGACGCACCCGCGCUCAAGGAGAGCGAUGUGGGCCUGGCCAUGGGAAUUGCAGGUACGGAGGUGGCCAAGGAGGCAGCGGACAUUGUCAUUAUGGAUGACAACUUCUCCUCCAUCGUCAAGUCGGUGUUGUGGGGGCGUUCCGUGUUCACCAACAUUCGCAAGUUCCUCAUGUUCCAGUUGACUGUCAACUUUGUGGCGCUCGUCAUUGCGUUCUUUGGCGCCGUGAUUGAUGGCCACGAGCCGCUCAAUGUGCUGCAACUGCUGUGGGUCAACCUCAUUAUGGACACGAUGGGCGCUCUGGCGCUGGCCACGGAGGAUCCCAACCCCGAGCUGCUGCUGAUGAAGCCGUACGGCCGCAACGAAAACCUCAUCACGCGCAUCAUGUGGAAGCACAUUUUGGUGCAGGGCUGCUAUCAGCUCUUUUGGAUGUUUUUCAUCUUGUACGGCGCGCCCAAAAUCCUAACAGACGCCCGCUACGCCAUCGAGCCGAAGGAGGACUUUUGGAUGCGAGAAUGCAGCUCCAAGCUCAAGUCCAACACGGCUCAGCUCUGCAACAUUAUGAAUUACUGCGGCUUCCCAUACCACGAGCCGGAUCCUUUUGGCACGGAUACCGUAAAUUCGGAUACCUGCAGUCUGUAUGCGUCUUGGAAGAACGUCAACAGGACAGUGCCCAGCGAUGCGCGCACAGCGAUGUGCGACUUUAGCGUCACCGCGGGGGGUGUCCGCAGCGAAUGCGACUUGUACAAGGCUUGGCAGAGCGCCAAAAAGACGAUGAACGACGAGUACGCGACCCACACGGACGACGAGUACAGACCCGUGCUUUCAAUUCUCUUCAACGCCUUCAUUUUCUGCCAGAUCUUUAACGAGAUCAACGCGCGUCGCAUAAACGACGAGUACACCAUUUUCACUGGCCUUUUCACCAACCCGAUCUUUGUGACCGUGAUUGCCGUCACGGCCGUGUUUCAGAUUAUCAUCAUCAACGUGCCUUUUAUCAACAGUAAAUUCUUCAAGGUUCAGAGGUUGACUUGGCAGGAGUGGCUCGUCACCGUCGCCAUCGGGCUCGGCGCCAUCCCGCUCAGCCUCGCCACCCGCUUCAUUACCAAGGUCAUGCCGGAGAACUGCCUUCGCGGCACACGUGUACACGCCAGUACGGGCCGUUCACUGUCCGGCAAGCCCAACAGCCGUACAACGUCAGGCGGCAGUCGUACGGUUUCGGGCGCGCGAGCCAUGUCCGGCAACCCGCAGAACCAACACCACCGAGGGAAAACCGUGUCUUGA